AUAUAUAUAAAAACCCCUUCAAUCAAUUCAAACUCCAAAUAACCCCAAAAUCUCAAUUAAAACUGCCCAAACAACAUAGAAUGGUGCAAAUGGAUACACUCCAUCUUCUCUUCACCCUAGCUGCUCUUUUAUCCGCAUAUUUCGUUUGGUUCCAUCUCUUGGCUCGAACCCUAACCGGUCCAAAAGUAUGGCCCUUGGUUGGUAGCCUUCCAAGCAUGAUCGUGAACCGCAAUCGGGUUCACGACUGGAUGGCUGCCAACCUCCGCCAAAUCGAGGGAUCGGCCACCUACCAAACCUGCACCCUCACCCUCCCCUUCUUUGCUUGCAAGCAGGCUUUCUUUACUGUCACUAGCAAUCCUAGAAACAUAGAACACAUCCUCCGAACCCGGUUUGACAACUACCCCAAGGGACCCCACUGGCAGGCAGCCUUCCACGACCUCCUAGGCCAAGGAAUCUUCAACAGCGACGGUGACACGUGGCUGAUGCAACGAAAAACCGCUGCCCUAGAGUUCACCACCCGAACCCUAAGACAAGCCAUGGCUCGCUGGGUGAACCGGACCAUAAAAAACCGUCUUUGGUGCAUUUUGGAUAAAGCUGCUAAGGAAAAUGUCUCGGUAGAUUUGCAAGACCUUCUUUUGCGUUUAACCUUUGAUAAUAUUUGUGGACUCACCUUCGGUAAAGACCCCGAAACUCUCUCGCCGGAACUACCCGAAAACCCCUUCACUGUUGCCUUUGACACUGCCACAGAAAUCACCUUGCAAAGGCUUCUGUACCCUGGCAUAAUAUGGAGAUUCGAGAAGCUUCUUGGCAUCGGUAAGGAGAAGAAAAUACAUCAGAGUUUGAAGAUCGUCGAAACUUACAUGAACGACGCCGUUUCAGCUCGUGAGAAAUCGCCUUCCGACGACUUGCUAUCAAGGUUCAUAAAGAAGCGUGACGGUGCCGGAAAAACACUGAGUGCUGCCGCUCUGCGACAAAUCGCGUUGAACUUCCUCCUCGCCGGCAGGGACACGUCGUCGGUGGCGUUAAGCUGGUUCUUCUGGCUCGUCAUGAACCACCCCGACGUGGAAGAGAAGAUUCUCGACGAACUAACGGCGGUGCUUACUUCCACACGCGGCAGCGACCAGCGGUGCUGGACAGAGGAAGCAGUGGACUUCGAAGAAGCGGAGAAACUGGUUUACUUAAAAGCAGCCUUAGCUGAGACACUGCGUUUGUAUCCGUCGGUGCCGGAGGAUUUCAAGCACGCGAUCGCCGACGAUGUGUUGCCGGACGGCACGGCGGUUCCGGCAGGUUCAACGGUGACGUAUUCGAUUUACGCAAUGGGGAGAAUGAAGAGCGUGUGGGGCGAGGAUUGCAUGGAGUUUAAACCGGAGCGGUUUUUAUCGGUUCAGGGAGACCGGUUCGAACUGCCAAAAGACGGUUACAAGUUCGUUGCGUUUAACGCUGGACCGAGAACCUGUUUGGGGAAGGACUUAGCUUACCUUCAGAUGAAGUCUGUGGCUUCCGCUGUGCUUCUGCGUUACCGGCUGUCGCCGGUUCCCGGUCACCGGGUGCAGCAGAAGAUGUCGCUCACUCUCUUCAUGAAGCAUGGGCUCCGCGUGUUCUUGCAGACACGUCAGCUUCAACCGCAGGCCACCACGUCUGCAUAGAAAGAAUGGGUGGAUUUGGUGAUGCACAGUGUAAAGGGCAACAUGGUCAUUUCAUUGUUAUACAUGUCAAUUUAUUUGUGUUUCUAAUUUUUCUGUAUAUUUACUUCUGGGAGGGUGAAGAGUGAAAUCGUUUGUUGUUUGGUUGGGUGGGUGGGUCAAAUUUGAGUUUACGGUUUACAGUUGUUGGAAGAUGGGUUUACAUAUUCUUAUUGUUCAUCAAUAAUACGAAUACGCAAAAAUAUAUAAUUACUGAAAA